CCUGUUCCUCACUUCUCACUUCUUCAUAUCUUUUUCAUAGUAUAACCAAAAAUCAGAGGACACUUGUAUUUGAAAAAAACAAAAACAAAAAAAAUGGAACCACAAAUCGAUACCAAUUUCACUGAAUUGAUACCGGGCUUGCCCGAUGAAAUCGCACUCGAGUGUUUAACUCGUUUACAUUACAUCGGGCAUGCCGUGGCAUCUCAUGUUUGUCAUAGGUGGCGAAGUCUUUUAUUAAACCCGGAUUUUUAUUAUCAUAGACAAAAAUCCGGGUUUACUAAAAAAAGAGCUUGUUUUGUCCAAUCACUCCCGGUCCAGGAACAGACUGGACCGAGAGGGGAAAAUAUAAAACCAGAAAAACAAACCAAAUACGGGUUAUCGGUUUUUGACCCGAUUAAUGGUAUUUGGGAACAAAUUGAUCCGGUUCCGAAAUACCCAGAUGGAUUACCUUUGUUUUGUCAGGUGGCGAGUACAGAAGGGAAAUUAAUUGUUAUGGGCGGGUGGAACCCAGUGAGUUGGGAACCGUUACGCGAUGUGUUUGUGUACGAGUUCCCAACUCAGAGGUGGACAAAGCGAGUAGACAUGCCGUCAACUCGCUCAUUUUUUGCUGUCGGCGCGUGUAAGGGUAAAGUAUACGUAGCUGGGGGACACGAUGAAAACAAGAACGCGCUUAGGAGCGCGUGGGUGUAUGAUGUCGGUUCGGAUGAGUGGACCGAGUUAGCUCAAAUGAGUGAAGAGCGAGACGAGUGUGAAGGGGUAGUAAUCGGGUCGGAGUUUUGGGUAGUAAGCGGGUAUGACACCGAUAGCCAAGGCCGGUUUAAGAACAGUGCGGAUGUUUACGAUAUUGUAACCGGCGCGUGGAGGCGCGUGGAUGACGUUUGGGGGGUUAGCCGGUGUCCCAGGUCUUGUGUGGCAGUAGGGCAAGAUGGUAAUUUAACAUCUUGGGAUCAGUAUCUGCCGGCGGUUCAAGUAGGGACAUGUGGGGUUGACCUUGGGGACCGGGUGUUGGUCACCGGUUCAGCCUACCAGGGUGCACCGCAAGCGGUUUAUGUAAUGGAAAAAACGAACCAAGGACAAAAUGGUAAAUUUGUAAAAGUCGAUGUUCCUGAUGAGUUUUCUGGCUUUGUGCAAUCUGGUUGCCUAGUCGAGAUUUAAAUUUUCACGAGUAUUUUACUUUUUGCUCUUUUUGUUGUUUAAAAGAUGUACUUGUUUAAAAUAAGUAUAUAUGUAUAUAUAUGAGCUAUGAAGUUUGUAUCGAUCGGCAUGGACGAAUUAAUGAAACAUGCCCGAUUGAAUGUAUAGAAUGCAAUGUCAAUGCGCAAUAUUAUGUAUUUUUAGUAA